UUGAAGAAGCUUGGAGUCACUAAGAAGCUCGAUGUAUGGGUGCCACACGAAUUGAUUCAAUAAAAAUACCGCAAGACUUUUUUGACAACCCAAUAUUACAAAUAAUACAAUUAAAACCAUUCAAAAUGAAAAAAGUUUAGAAAUUGCAGCAUUUUUACAGCUAAAAUACAAAAUAGAAAUAAUUAAGGAAGAAAUUUUAAAUAUUGCAUACGCAAUACAUUGGGCAAAAGCCAAUGUUAAUACCUCAAUAUAGCUUCUAACAAUCCUUACCGCUGGUGGGGGGAAUUGAAAGUCUUACAUUGAGGGAGAAUAUAUUCAUUCUGAUUUUAUUUAUAACUCUGGAAACCUUAUAUACUAUUUUUCAAAGUAUCCUAAAUAACUUAAUAUAUGUGUAUGUGUGUGUGUUCAUAUAUAUGUAGUACAUUGUUUAUGCUACCUGGUAGGGUAUUGUUUUCAAGUGCAUAUGUUGUGUGACCUUGGGUUUGUUUUAAUGUAAGUACAUUUACAAACAGUUGUUAAAAUGUAUUCUAAGAACCCAUGGGUUAUCAUAUGUAAACAUCUUAUCCUUAGUAAUAUUUGUGUUAUUGUCUAUUGAAUGCUAUUGUUUUGCAUGACAAUGCAUUUUAAGUAUGUUUAUGUAUAUGUAUACAUAAAUAUCUAAUAUUAGUGGACUGUAUCAAUAGUAAGAUUAUUUCUUAUCUUAUUUAACAUAAUAUAUAAAAGGUUUAAAUAUAAUAUUGUUGUCCGUGCUUUGGCAGCAACGAACAUGUUCAAUUUUGAACAGCCAACAUAAUGAAUUCUUUUAUUUUAUCAAACAAGGAAAUAAAUAUAGUGAAACAAGUAAUAGACAAUAAUAAUAUUCCCUAUGUAAAUCUAGACGAAGCACUCGAAUUUUCCGAAACUAAAAUUGCAACUAAUGGAAGAAUUAUAAUUUAUGUAUAUUGUGAGCCUCCCAACCGUAGAUAACCAAAAUUGUAAAACUUUAAAUAUUAGAGCAGUAAAAAAUAACGGGAGAAUCAAUAAAAUCAAUUUCAAUGUAAUUUUAAACUGCGAAAAGGGAAUUUAUGGGAUAGAACAUUAUUUUAUUAUUUAUUAAAAAAUUAUGUAAUUCCCUACAUAUUGCUUAAGUUAUGAUUUAGUUGAUUUAAGUAAUGAUACAUGUAUAAAUAAUAUUUGAAAAAGUGGUUUGCAGUGGGAGGAUGGAGUCAUAUGUAGAAGUUCACGCAAGUGAGGAAAGUUCUCUGAUCGCCAUUCACUUGGGAGUGGCCAGAAACGAUUCUUUUACAUAUGACUCAAGCAGCUUACGAUUUCCGGUCUUUGACCAAGUAUCCUCUGGGUAGCCUUAGAACAUCCGUUUGAAGGCGAGCUAACGUGAGAAGGCGAAAUAUCCCCUACAUAGGGUUGUGCGCUGGGUUUGGGACCCGCCACGUAAAAAAACAACCCCAGCGAAUAGCAACAACCAGCCUCGGAUGAGAGACCCCCCCUUUUGAUGACGACCAUGGAAAACGAAAUAAGGACUACGAAUUGAGGGCAUGCACCUGGAAUGUCCGGUCCCUUAAUUGGGAAGGUGCCGCUGCCCAGCUGGUUGAUGUCCUCGUCAAAAUAAAGGCUGACAUCACCGCCGUCCAAGAAAUGCGAUGGACGGGACAAGGACAAAGACGAGUAGGUCCUUGUGGCAUUUACUACAGUGGCCAUAUAAAGGAGCGCAAGUUUGGUGUUGGAUUUGUGGUGGGAGAGAGACUCCGUCGCCGAGUACUAUCAUUCACUCCGGUGAAUGAACGUCUAGCCACAAUCCGCAUCAAAGCGAGGUUCUUCAACAUAUCGCUGAUUUGCGCCCACGCCCCGACGGAAGAGAAGGACGAUGUGACCAAAGAUGACUUUUAUGAGCGCUUGGAGCUCGCUUAUGAGAGCUGCCCCCGCCACGAUGUCAAAAUCGUGCUUGGCGACUUCAACGCCAGGGUGGGCAAAGAAGGUAUCUUUGGCAAUACGGUCGGUAAAUUCAGCCUCCACGAGGAAACAUCCCCAAAUGGGUUGAGGCUGAUCGACUUCGCCGGGGCCCGAAAUAUGGUUAUCUGUAGUACUAGAUUCCAGCAUAAGAAGAUUCAUCAAGCUACCUGGCUGUCUCCGGAUCGAAAAACUACCAACCAGAUCGAUCAUGGUCUUAACAUCGACUCGAACCACUAUCUUGUUUGCAUCCGCCUCUGUGUAGCAAAAAACGCACGCCAACAAACACAAGGAAGGUUGGACGUCGAGAAGCUGCAAUCACAACAGAUAGCCGAACGAUUCUCUACUCGGCUUGCACUCCUGCUCUCUGAGAGCACUCGUCAACAACUCGGUAUAAAGGAACUGUGGGACCGCAUUUCAAACUCCUUACGUACAGCUGCAACCGAAACCAUUGGUUUUCGGAAAGUGCAAAAGAACAGCUGGUACGACGAGGAAUGCCGUGUCGCAGCGGAGAGAAAACAGGCUGCUUUCCUCGCAACGUUACGAUCGACCACAACACGUGCGGGAUGGGAUAGAUACCGAGAGUUGAAGAGGGAAGCAAGACGCAUUUGUAGACAGAAAAAGAAAGAGGCCGAAAUGCGUGAGUACGAAGAGCUUGAUAAGCUGGCCGGCAGUGGUAAUGCUCGAAAACUCUACGAAAUAAUGCGGCGGCUUACAGAAGGUUUCAAGACCGGAGCAUACUCCUGUAGAACCCUCAAAGGUGAUCUAGUCACCGAUGCCCAGAGCAUACUUAGAUUAUGGAGGGAACACUUCUCCAGCCUGCUGAAUGGCAGUGAACGCAUAACACCAGGAGAGGCGAACCCGAUUCCCCAAUCGAUGACGAUGGAGCAGACGUUCCAUUACCCGACCAUAAAGAAGUUCGAAUAGCAGUUGCCCGCCUGAAGAACAACAAAGCGGCAGGAGCCGACGGAUUGCCGGCCCAGCUAUUCAAACACGGCGGCGAAGAACUGAUAAAGAGCAUGCAUCAGCUUCUUUGUAAAGUAUUGUCGGACGAAUGCAUGCCCAACGAUUGGAGUCUAAGUGUGCUCUGCCCAAUCCAUAAAAAAAGGAGACCCCACAAUCUGCGCCAACCACCGUGGGAUUAGCCUCCUCAACAUCGCAUAUAAGGUUCUAUCGAGCGUAUUGUGUGAAAGAUUAAAGCCCACCGUCAACAAACUGAUUGGACCUUAUCAGUGUGGCUUUCGACAGCACGAAAAGGAGCUGCCUUUAUGCCGCGAUCUCUGAAUUUGGUAUCCCCGCAAAACUAAUACGGCUGUGUAAGCUGACGUUGAGCAACACCAAAAGCUCCGUCAGAAUCGGGAAGGACCUCUCCGAGCCGUUCGAUACCAAAAGAGGUUUCAGACAAGGCGAUUACCUAUCGUGCGACUUUUUCAACUUGCUUCUGGAGAAAAUAAUUCGAGCUGCAGAACUAAACAGAGAAGGUGCCAUCUUCUAUAAGAGUGUACAACUGCUGGCGUAUGCUGAUGAUAUUGAUAUCAUCGGUCUCCCGCGCCGUUAGUUCUGCUUUCUCCAGACUGGACAAGGAAACAAAAGAAAGGGGUUUCCACAAAUUUGCCCAGUACAUCAAAUAAUCCACCCAUUGGUAAUAAAAGUACUGUCAACAAGCUGAAUCGUGUACAGACGAGUAAUGUCACUUUUUCUGAAGUACUGAAAAGCAACUCAAACGUAGUGAACGAAAAAAAACACAAAGAUGACCGAAGACCUACUAACUCAAAUCUUUGAUAUGUUAAAUAAACAAGAAAAAUUCAACAACGAUCAUUAUGAGGAUAGAAAAAUCAGUACGCACAAUAUUCAAACCACAACUAUUACAUUAAAAGCAAUGAACCAACCCUUGUCAAUUACUGCAAUAUAUUGCCCGCCAAGAUACAAAAUCCUCGUUGAAGAAUAUAAAGAACUUCUCAAUAUGCACAAACACAAAUUUAUUAUGGGAGGCGACUUUAACGCUAAGCAUGUUUACUGGGGAUCUCGCCUAACGACAGCUAAAGGGCGAGACUUACUCCAGGCAGCUCAAGAAACCGGGUGUGAGUUUGUAUCGACCGGAACACCAACUUAUUGGCCAACGGCCACCAACAAAAUAACAGAUGUAAUAGACUUUUUAUAACCAAGAAGAUAUCUCGAAAUUUCAUAGAAAUAGAAGGUGGGUUAGAUCAAAGCUCUGAUCACUCCCACAUAUUAUAUUUAACAGUUAGUGAUACAGUCAUUAAAAGAGAUCUUAGUCUGAAGCUAUACAACAAAAAUACGGACUGGAAUUCGUUCAAACAAAUACUUUAGACUAAAAUAAAGUGUCCGAAAAUCACAACAAUUGAACAACUAGAGUUAGAAGUUAACACAUUUACGAAAGAUAUUCAGCAGCUUGGGAUAAUACUCCGGAAAAUUAUAGAUUCAAAUUACCCGAAAGCAAUUAAAAUCCUUCUAAUUAAGAAAAGAAAGUUACGACGGAAAUGGCAACAAACUCGCUCACCUCUCGACAAAACCAGCCUUUAUAAGGCAACAGCUGAAUUAAAACGAGAAAUUGCUAAUAUUAAGAAUGAGUCAAUUAAUAAGUAUUUAUCUCAACUAUCCGCUGACGAAAAAGAUGAUUACUCACUCUGGAAAAGUACAAAGUAUCUGAAACGCCGAACAAGUCACUUUGCACUACUAAAAGUUGCUUCCAAUACAUGGGCUAGAAGUUAUUGGGAUAAAGCUAAUGCAUUUGCAAACUACCUAGCUGAAACCUUUCGUCCAAACGAGGAUAGUGAAAUCGCGUUCCUCAGUAGUAUUCAACAGGAUCAUGCAACAAUCCCAGCAAUCACCAUUCGUGAACUUA